GCAGCGGAGGCGGAGGUCGGCUAACCCGCACAGAGCUCCGACAGGACGGCCGAGUCUGCUUCACCCAGCCGCUGAGCACACCCAGAGCCCCGGCUGCCGCUGCUGCCGCUCCCCGCAGAGAGCAACGAAGCUCCGGCAGGAAAACAUGGACGGACAAAUGGACGAGAUCAGCGAGAAGCUGCAGAGGGCGGUGUCCAUGGAGACGGACGACAGGAUGGACACCUACCACAGACACAUUAAAGAUGGUAAAGAUGUCGCCAGACAAGGAGACAUAUCCAAAGCGUUGGAGUUCUUCAAGUUGGCUUACAACAUUCACCCAAGUGAGAAACUUAAAAACCGAAUAAUGAAAAUUGAAGAGCUCCUGGCACAGCAGGGCUCCGAGAGCGAGGAUGAAGAGUUUGUGAAUGUCAACAACAGCGGUUUAAUGCUUUUCAAAGAUUUAUAUGACAAGCUGUACGACCACCAGAGAGAGGGAGUGGCCUUCCUCUACAGCCUGUACAGAGAUGGCCGUAAGGGGGGCAUCCUGGCAGAUGACAUGGGCCUGGGUAAGACCAUCCAGGUCAUCUCCUUCCUCUCUGGCAUGUAUGAUGCCGAGCUGGUUAAGCACACUCUUCUUGUCAUGCCAACAUCACUCAUCAAAAACUGGACCAAAGAGUUUGCCAAGUGGACUCCUGGCAUGAGGGUUAAGGAGUUUCAUGGCACCAGCAAAGCAGAGCGGACAAGGAAUUUGGAAAAAAUUCAGAGAAGAGGUGGCGUGCUCAUCACAACGUACCAAAUGCUCAUCAACAACUGGCAGGUUGUGGCAUCUUACCAUGGCCGAGAGUUUAAAUGGGACUACAUGAUCCUGGACGAAGCACACAAGAUAAAAACCACAUCCACGAAAACAGCCAAAAGUGCAUAUGCUGUACCCACUAAAAACAGGGUUCUUCUAACAGGCACUCCGGUGCAGAACAACCUGAGAGAAAUGUGGGCUCUCUUUGACUUUGCUUGCCAAGGAACUCUCCUUGGUACAUCUAAAACGUUCAAGGCUGAGUAUGAGAACCCCAUCACACGCGCCAGAGAGAAGGAUGCCACCCCUGGGGAAAAGGCUCUUGGGUGCAAAAUGUCUGAAAACCUGAUGGCCACUAUAAAUCCAUACUUCCUCCGCCGGACAAAAGCGGAUGUGCAGCACAACCAAGACUACCCACAGUUAGAAAGUAAGGACAACUCUGCCCCAAAUCAUGAAAAAGAUGCUGGAGCAGUCAUGCCAACGCUAACAAGGAAGAAUGACUUGAUUGUCUGGACGUUCCUGAGCGCAGUUCAGGAAGACAUAUACAGGCAGUUUCUUUCACUGGACCAUAUCAAGGAGCUGCUGAUGACCACCAGGUCGCCUCUUGCUGAGCUUAACAUCCUAAAGAAACUGUGUGACCACCCAAGGAUGCUUUCUGCUGUGGCCAUAGCUCAGCUGGGCCUGGAGGAAAGUGUAGCUGAAAGCCAGCAGGGCGAAGACUACAACUCGGCCACUAACAGCAUUGCCGGUGUUUCAGAUGAAACACUGAUAUCAGAGUCCGGGAAACUGGUGUUUCUGAUCGCGCUUCUUGAGAGGCUCAGGGAAGAAGGUCACCGCACUCUUGUCUUUGCUCACUUCAGGAAGGUGCUUGACAUCAUAGAACGGGUUCUGGUAAACAGAGGGUUUAAGAUAGUGAGACUGGAUGGUACAAUAACUCAACUUGCCGAAAGAGAGAAGCGCAUUGCACUGUUUCAGACAGACGAGCGGUAUUCUGUCUUCCUCCUGACUACCCAGGUAGGCGGAGUCGGCAUCACCCUGACAGCAGCAAAUCGAGUUGUAAUCUAUGACCCCAGUUGGAACCCAGCCACAGAUGCACAGGCUGUUGACCGGGCGUACCGCAUUGGCCAGACUGAGAACGUGGUCAUAUACAGGCUGAUCACGUGCGGUACGGUGGAAGAAAAGAUCUAUAGACGACAGAUAUUUAAAGAUUCACUGAUCAGACAGACCACUGGAGACAAGAAAAAUCCAUUUCGCUACUUCAGUAAGCAGGAGCUGAAGGAGCUGUUCACACUGGAGGACGCACGCUCCUCAACCACCCAGAUGCAGCUCCAGUCUAUGCACUCCAGGCACCGACGGACAGACCCUGAGCUGGACGAACACAUCGCCCACCUUCACACCAUGGAGAUGUUUGGGAUCUCUGACCACGACCUCAUGUUCUCCCUCGACGUCAACAAUGAUGAGGGCCUCAAGGACGAGGAGGAGCACCAGUACAUCAAUCAGAGGGUCCAGAAGGCUCAGGAGCUGGUGAAGGCAGAGUCAGAGAUUCAGAUGCAGCUGGCAGAGAGCAUGGCAGACAGCACAGAACCAGCCUGGCUCAGACAGCCAGUUCAACACAACAGGGAGAGAUCAAAUGAGAAGAAACCAAAAAAUUCAAGGCCCAGUCCUCCUUUUCCACAAAAAGAUGACAAUUUCAACAGGUCUCCGGUUCUGGUAGAGCUUGACCAGUCUGGCUCUGGUGAGGAGCCUGGUCAACAAAAUCAAAGUAACAUGGUGAUUGAUCUAACUGUAAAUGACAGUAUGACAGAAGAACAGCACACUCCAGAAGUUAGCCAGGAGCUCGCAGAGCUGGAUUCUCCCAAACAGCAUUCUUUCAAGAAGGAGCAGAGUGACUUCAAAGAAGCAGAUACUUCCGUUUUGGAGGUGAUAAAUGAGUCACUGAAAAUGAGUGAUGCUGAUGGUGAUGCUGGUGCAGCAGGUGACGCCAGUCUGGAAUACAUUGAAUCCAUAGUUGAAGAAGAUGAACAACAGCAAAAUGGGACUUCCCACUCAAAUCACACUGAUUCAAAAACUCAAGAAUUUGCUGUGGAGGAGUUGCAGCCACAUGGCACACCGCUGCUGAACAAGAGACUUUCUGUCUUACAGAUGUCCAAUGCAAGCUUAAAUGCAGACGCAUCGAAAGGCAGUGUAGGGUUUGAGUCCCUUGAGGGCAACUUCAACUUACAGCUGGAGGACAGCGACAUGUUCCCAGACAUGGAGGAGGAGGAAACAGACGCCCAAGAGAGGAAGCUGCUGUCACAGCUACAGAUGGAAGGCAGCUUUAAUGUGGAUAAAUCCUUGUGUGAGCGAGGAGAUGAACAAGAGGCUGAGGAAAGCAUCAACGGCUUCCCUGUCUCCAAACUGAACGGGUCUGCUGACAACUCAAUCAUCAUAGCAAACAAGAAGAAAAGAACAGCAGUGAUUUAUGACAGUGAUGAGGAAGAGGAGGAUGAUGAGCAGAUGCCAGUGAGGAGCAAUUUUGAUGAGUCUCUCCAGGCAUUGGGCGCCUCCACACCGAAAUCUGUUCGAUCUGGAUCCACUCCACCUGCCAGGUCACGAAAGAGUGUUGGAGGAAACACCUCUGUGGCCUCACGGCGCUCGCUUGUCCAAUCCAUAAUUGAGGAAGUAGAGAACGUUGCCGAAGGCCAAACUGAUGACGAUGAUGGUACUGAUGAUUACGGCGAGGACGACUACGACGAACAUGUUUCAGAGGGGCAUUCUGAUGCCUCUGAAGAAGCUUUGUCUCAUGAGCUUGAGCUGGAGGAGACCAAUGGAGAGACACUAAACACAGAGGAUGAAGAGGAGGGAGAAGACAAUGGCGAGGCAUACGAGUCAGCACUGGACACUGUUGAUGAUACCUCUGGAGAGGAAAUGGCUAGUAACCCGGAGGAAUCGACCAGCGACCCAGAGCUCGCUUCUAAUGAGAGAAUGGACCAGUGUGUCGCUGACCCGGCUGUUCUGUCGGGCGCAGCGGUGACGGCGGUCCUUGCUGACGACCGAACUCCUGAGUCGGAGGCCGGGAGCUACGACUUCCUGGUCCAGAGAGGGAAACAGUGCUACAGCGAGGGGAAGCUGGAUGACGCACUGAACUUCUUCUUGAGAGCCAUUGACAUUCAACCUGGUGAUCCUGAAAUUCAGUUUAUGACAAUACAACUGUACCGCAAGCUGAGUCCAGGAACUAGGAACUGAGCACAUAAUGCUCAUAAUGGGACCAAGGUUAGAAAUGAACACCUGCAGAAUUCUAAAGACUGGUAAAAUUAGUCAACAACAGCCAGCAGGCAAAUGUAUUGAAACAGUAACACCUGUCAAACGCCUCAGUUUUCUACAGACGUUAAUCUUCACCUUUUCUCAAACCUGAUGAUGUUUUGUAGGAUGAAUUCUGCUGACUUCAUUGUAUGAGUCAGUUCAACAUACAUGGAAAUAGUUAUGGGGUAUAUUUCUACAUUUAAUGUAUAGAUCCUUUUCUUAAAGCCUAACCUGUCCUGUUUGUGUGUGUGAGUCCACAUGGAGCUGAAAUCUCCUCAGUAGCUGCUCUGGGCUGCUCAUCCACAACACUGUGUUUGUAUCUGUCCAUUCACUUCCAUAGCAGAACAGCUCACAUGCACAAUAAAACAACAGUUAGUUAUUUGUCAAAGUACAAACAGGUUGUUUCCUCCUGACCUUGUUGUUCAGUUCUGAAGUUGCAGUUCCUGACUUGUCGGUUCUGUCUUAAAAUAGGAAAAUAACAAAAAAACAAAACAAAAAAAUUCUUCUUUAAAAAAAAAAAAAAAAAGCACAUGGACUUUUUUGUGGUUAUAGUGUGAUUCCCAGUUAAGUUGCACAUGCACCACUUUGACAUACAUUUGUGUAAUAUAUUUGUAUGUUCCAGACAGGUGAAAGUCUUAAGCCUGUUGGUCAGUUUAAACACACCUGUAAUGUGUGUGUGUGUGUGUGUGUGUGUGUGUGUGUGUGUGUGUGUGUGUGUGUGUGUGUGUGUGUGUGUGUGUGUGUGUGUGUGUG